AGAGAGAGAGAGAGAGAGAGAGAGAGAGAGAGACUCAACGAACGCAUUGUUCUUUCUCUCAUUCAUACAGAUCAGAGGCAAAUCUGCGAUGGGGAUGGUAGUUACUGAUAUUUGCAUGGACAAAGAGCCAGAUUGUGUCAUAAUUUAUUCAAAUGGGGUUUCCCAUGAUUUAAAUCACGAGACUACUCCAUGUGAUCAUGAUGUUGCAAAGUCAUAUGAGCGUAUUAAUGGAGAUCCAGAACCGCAGGUGUUGGAAGAGAAUGCAGAAGUUAAAGAGUUCGAAGUAAAGGAAUGCACUGCUGAAAAAUCUGUAGAGAUUUCUGAACUCUGUCAAGUUGAAAAAUGUAAGGAGGAAAUUGUACUGAGCUCAAAUUGCAAUGAUGACUAUGGGAAGAUGAAAUUUGAAGAUCAGACAAGAAAGGAUGAAAAGAAGAAUUCUAAAUCUUCUGCGAAACCUGCAUCCAAACCUGGUUCCGGUAAUGCUCGAACAAAUCACACUGUUCCACGGCCAUUUGCUCUGGCAACUGAAAAACGGGCUUCAUUUGGGGCUCGUCCUGCUGGAAAUGAAACUGAUGUUGGUACUGCUGUGAGCAAAACAUCUAAUACAAACACUUUGCAGCACCCAGUGACUACAAAACAAAAUCAGCUGGUCUCACCUUUGGUAUCAAGGAAACCAUUGCAACCUGAUAAUAAGAAGCGUCCUGAUGAAGAAGAUUCUUGUUCUGUUGCUUCCUCUACUGCAGCGUCAGCUCGGACUAUUAAGUCCAAGACUGUUGCAUCUGCUCCAUUAUUCAGAUGCACGGAACGUGCCGAGAAACGGAAGGAGUUCUAUUCAAAAUUGGAGGAGAAGCACCAUGCACUGGAGGCUGAGAAAACCCAAUGGGAGGCAAGGACUAGGGAAGAGAAAGAGGCAACUAUCAAGCAACUAAGGAAAAGUUUGUUGUUUAAGGCAAACCCGAUGCCAAGUUUCUACCAUGAUGGGCCACCACCCAAGGUUGAACUAAAAAAGCCACCACCAACUCGGGCAAAAUCUCCGAAGUUGGGUAGAAGGAAGAGCUGUAAUGAUGCCGCCGGAGACAAGGGUGUAGGAGCUUCUGGUCAAGGAACUCGUUACAGUCUUGGUAAUUACAAAGAUAGUACCACCGCUACUACCAACAAGAAGGAUCAGAUCAAUCUCCAGAAUGGCAAUGCUGCUUUCAAAUUCAAAGAUGAACACAAACAGCAAAGGAAGAUCUUGAAGAAUUAUAUAUGUGGAAGUACUAAAGCUGAGAAAGGAGGCAAUCCACUACAACCAACAGUCUAAGAAGAAGACAUUGAAGGAAGUAUGGAAAUUCUAAGCAUAUGUAGUGUCAUCCAUUGAUCUGAACAGGUUAGAAUUUUGUCACCUUUUAAGCAAAUUCAAUGAAGAAUUAUUGUUGCAAUGUAAAUUUUCUUAGAACGACCUGUUGUUCCAGUUGGUUAGUGACUUGGAAUGCUGCGCUCGUUGUUGGGUUCGACUCCUUCCCCCAUACGGUAGGAGUAGUUGUCAUGCUGUAUUUUGUAGAAUUAUUACUACAGAAGUUUUGCUCCAAAAAAAAAAAAAAAAAAAAAAAAAAAAAAAAAACUAAAAAUAAAUUUGUAGUAGUAGUUGUCAUGCUGUAUUUUGUAGAAUUAUUACUACAGAAGUUGUUUUGCUGCAAAGAAAUGUACUUGCUAUGAGAAGCUAAAUGUGACUUUAAUGAGUGGAGAGAGAAUUGUAGUUUGGUCGUAUUUAUUCAAAUAGUAAUAUUACGUACGCGGAAACAGUACUCUAGAAAA